AUGCUGGCGUAUCAUAUUCUUUUGUUCUUCAUUCAUAUUGGGAAACUGAAGUUCCAUGGCUUGCAUAAUUCCGUCUGGAUUUUCCAGCAUUUGUUCAAUAAACUUAGCCUGGAAGUUCGUAUCCUGCCCCCCAUCCAUGUUAGGAGAUCUCAUCGGAGGGAAUGGAAACAUGGGAGGUGCACUUUGAAACUGUUGCUGAGCCUGGUAAGAAGGAGGUGGUACUGCAGACUUACUCUGCUGUUCAGAUUUCUUCUCUUCCUGCUUAGCUGCCUGUCCAGGAACUACUACAACAAAAAUUGUACUCUCAUCAUUUAUUUUGAAUUUUUCAUCCGAGAGCGAAAUAGUGGCAUCCUCAGGGAGCUUUACCUUGUUGUGAAACAGCAAAAUUUUAUCGUUCUGUUUUGA